UACCUUAGCAGAUUUGUCAGCCAGCUGAACUCGGACCAAAACAAACUCAGAGGGAGAAAUAUUCGGCUUAGUCGUCUGACUUCCAAGCAGCUAUUUCCCAAAUGCCGCGGCAAUUAAACAAGAGGUGUGAGGACAAGUAAAUAGCUGAGCCGCUCGCAGAGCUAACUUGGCUUGUAGUGGUAGCGCUAGCCUUUAGCUAGAAUGCUAAUGUUGCUAACAGAAUCCGCUGGGACCGUUAGCUAGCUGGGAGCGUUAUGCCAGAUGAUCCAGCAGCGGCCGCUGGAACUAGAAGCUGCUGCUUCUUUUGCCUUAACUAUCAGUUUGAGACGGGCCUACCAGCUAGUUAGGCAGCUAGUUAGGCGUAUCUGAGACCAUUAAAACUAAUUUUCUACGUUGCCUUUUACUGCCUGGAAUAAUAAAUCCAGUAUGGGGAUGUGCUUACCGUGCCUUGGUGGAGCAGCGGACGACGUUGUUGUCACUCCAGAUCCUGAGACAAGGAGACGACAGUUAGCCGAAGCCGCAGAGAAGAGACAAAAAGAGACCGCAUACAGGGGUGUUAAAAAUCCAGAAGCAGUCGAGAGGAAAAGGAAAAAACAGGAAGAAAUUGAGAAACAGGAGAUGACCACCUCUGUGUCUGGUGGUGGUGGUGGAUUGAAGUGGCAGGUGGGCUGAAAAUCCUGGACAGUAGAAGUCUGAACUCUGAUGUCCAAAACUACAUGAAGUAUUGCUGCAAAAUGACUUGAAGAUGUUGGAACUGCUGUCCAUUUUUACUUUUUCUUUGCCUGUUUUUAUGAUCCUAUGAGACGGCUACAGUUGUCAGACAUCAUGCAAAAACCAUGUGAAGUUAUCCCAAACAGAACACAGAAGUACUUGCCAAGUUUAUACAAGCCACUUUUGACCUUUGGACAAGUCAGUGAUGGCACAGUGAUCUGCAAGCAAACAUACUGUAUGUCCUAUUUUAUUAGUUUUAUUUAACAUUUGAUUAAACAUGUCACAGAGACUUACAUUAGAUAACGCUGACCAUGAAGAUCAGUUGUAUAUUAAGACAGAUCUGCCCUCAACGUUUUUGGUUUUCAUAGUUGAGGAUCAGUUUUGACUGUAUAUCCGUUAAUACCUGCAUUAUAUUUUUUUGUGUGAUUUCUCCAAAAAUUCAAGCACCGUGUUGACACUUAUUCACUUUUUUUAGGGCUCUGUUUUUUGGCAGCACAAAGACUAGUGCAAAAAAAACUUGUUGGCUUUUACCAAACUUCUAAUGUGCUUUGCUUGUCACUGAGGUAUGUUAGUGACCAGUAAAGCACAUGUCACGGUGGAGGCACUUUUUCUUUGUAUCUCAAAUUUUGUGGUGAGACUAGUUUAUGUUUCACAACCUGGUCUGUACAUGACAACAUCACUCACUUAAUAUGGGGAUUGCAUCAGUAAGCACAAACUGUACACUUGGUUGAAAAGGCAGUAAAUAACUUAACACUAAGAUAUUCUCCAAACAGUAAAAAUGAGAAGGCGGUGCAGUGGAUGCAAACUUAUUCUUCUGCAUGUGACCAAUGCACUUUACACUAGUCUUUGCCUUGCUUUCAUCAAGCCCUUUUUGUUUUUUUUUUUUUUUUUCCUUUGCACAUUGAAUUGCAGUUUAUGCAAAACACUGAUGUGGUGGCUGCUUAAUAUAAAUGAGAUAUGAAAUGUGUUUGUGAAUUGCCACAAUACAAUAUGAAGUUUUUGUUUGACACCUAUUUGCACACAGACUGUCAAUAUUCGGUAAACGGCAAAUACGCUUGGGAGAUUCACGACAGCUGCAGUGGUAACGGGAGGAGACUGAAGGAAUUGAGAGACACACGGGUUGUGAAAUUUUUACUUUGAUCAGCUUAAUUGAGUGUAUUUCUUACAGCCUUUUCUUGAAUCUUAAAUGCUUCCGGUGCCCUUGCCAUUUUGUAGAACAGGAAAUCUAGCCAAUGUUAUUUGCUACAAUAAAUCACAUUUCUGCUA